GGACACAACAGCAGCACCAGCACCGUGGACAAGUGGGACACCGCCGGUGGCCCUCCGCGCUCUUGCUUCGUCGUUUCUGCUGCUCUGUGUGCGCACUUUUGCUCCGGCUGGACUGAGAGGAAGGUCAGAAAUAAAAGAGAAGAAGCUGCCACUGGCGCUACCUGCUGCUACGACAUUGAACUCAGCCGCGCAGGACAGAAGUGAAAAAUCACCUGCCGGGAGGCAAAAGUAAAUGCUUAAACACUUCUAGGACUAAAUUUGACAUGUUUCUCGUGUGAAAAAUGUUCUAUGUGGCUGAUGGUUUAUGAGAAACACAUAAAAAAGAAAAAGAAUCUUCAUGUCAAGAAAAAAAAUGACUUUUUUGCACCUGAGUGUCCAGCAGAAGUGGGGCUUUUUUUCAGACUUUAUUUGUAACUGAUGUCAUGUGUUUUGGGAAGUGGAACACAGCUGUUUGGAUGGACAAGCGCUGCAGCUGAGAGAGAGAGAGAGAGAGAGAGAGAGGCAACAAUUCAUUUAAAGCGUCCCUUAAAAAUAGCGAAGAAAAGAACGAAGAAGCCUCCAGCAGACAGAGAUAUGGACGGUAGUGCUGGGUCUGAAAUCCGUGUGUCGGCAGAUUGGAUGCACAGUGCGUCUGAGCCGUGGCAAUUUACACCAUGAGAGAGAAUCCAAACUGUACCUGAGUCCACUCCACUAGGAUCUACGAUGUCCUCGGUCCAGACGAGGAAGCUGACUCUUUGCCAGGCCCUGACCUUUGUCCUCCUGCUGGUCGUUCCCGUCUGCCUGUCCUCCCUGCAGAGUCCCUCCUGGAUUUCUGUGUGGGGUCCUACCAGUGAAGAUUCAUCGGUGCAUUCAGCUCGUGAACGGCGGCAGCUGCACUUCAGAAAUGAGUGGGCAACAUGGAGCGGCUGGUCUGUGUGCUCACGCAGCUGCGGGGGCGGAGCCUCUGUGCGGUCGCGCACCUGCAUCACAAGGAACCCAGUGGGUGGACCGUGUGCAGGAGAUCCCAGACAAUACAAGAUCUGCAACACCAAGGAGUGUCCCCCAGGCUCCGAGGAUUUCCGAGAGAUGCAGUGUGCUGCCUUUAAUGACAGGCCGCUGGUGGCUGGAAACUCCUUCAGAUGGACCACCUUUCAUGGAGGCUCUAACCCCUGUGAACUCAGCUGUUUGGCCUUUGGUCAUAACUUUUACUACAACUUUGGCCGUGUGCUCGAUGGCACAGCCUGUGACAAGGAGUCAGGAGCGGUGUGUGUCAACGGACGCUGUCUGAAGCCUGGCUGUGACUUCAUCUUUGGCUCAAAGCAGCAGGUGGAUGCUUGCAUGGUGUGUGGCGGACACAACACCACCUGCCUGCACCACAAGAGUGUGUACCAGAGCAACAGUCUGGAGGCAGGUGGGCCUUUUGGAUACAAUGAAGUGGCCAUGAUACCUGCUGGAGCAACAUACAUCCGAGUCACAGAUAACAGCAGGAAUUAUCUUGCCCUGCAGAAUGGACGUUCCCAGUUUGUGAUUAAUGGAAACUGGAAGAUCAGUGUUCCAGGCGAGUACAACGUAGCUGGGACUAAGCUGGUUUAUCGGCGCUCAGCAGAUACCUGGGAGAGCUUCGAGGUGCCAGGACCGACCCAGGAAGACCUUCACCUAAUGGUUCUGGCAACAGACAGAAACCCAGGAAUCGAGUACGAGUAUUGGCUGCCACCAGACCAAUAUGCCCUCUACCACGGGAGGAGGAGCCCACUGCGACAGGCUCACCACACUGCCAGCUACCUACCCUGGAAUCAGCCCACUACUUCAGCCACAACCACCACUACCACUACCAGGCCUCCACCAAACACCCCCCACCCUCACUGGUUUUUACAGCCAGUGAAGCCACCCCACCAAUCUCCUCACCACAGUCGCCGCCAGCAUCCUCACCAGCCCAUCCUGCCUCGCCUGGAGCGAGAGGAGAACCAUAGAAAUCUCCUCCCUCAGCCCUCACCUGGAAGGCACUGCAGAAAAUGCCAGCGAGUUAAAGGUCGAAGGGAACGCCAGAGACAGUACUGCCAGAAGGACUUUGUUUUCCGGGCCAGAGUUCUUGGGAAGCUCUACAGAGGUGAGGAGACUCGUUAUGAUGUCCAGAUCAUCCACACCUACCGGAACCGAUUCCGCCUGGAGCACCGGGAGUUCCUGUGGGUCCCUAAUGUGUGCGACUGCCCUAACCUAGAUAUAGGGAAACAGUAUAUCUUCAUGGUGCGACGUCACAUUAACUAUGAGCACACAUUAAACCGCAUUCUGCUCGAAGAGGAGAGCUAUGUGGUGCCAUACAGACCCAGAGAGGAUGAACUGCUGAGGCCGCUUGAAAGGCUCUGCAGCAACAGAGGACCCAAACAGCCAGCAGAACUGAGGGGAUGAGUGUUAUCACACACUGUGCAGUGAGACUGUGCAUAUUAGAGGAUGAAGGUCAUACUGAAACUUCAUUCAUUCACAAUAUUUAUGGAUCUUUAAACCACCAUCAGAUUCCUUGUAUGUUUGGAUUAAUUCCAGGAACAAUUUAAGUCACAUUAAAAACCUGGAAAGACUCCACAAUUAUUUAAAAACCCGACCAGCUUACUGUACCAUUUAGAGCACUUUAGGUGAUGCUUGUGCCACCUUUAAAAACAUACCAAAGAGAAGAACAUUGACUGAAGUGGCCAUUUUGUUUUGGCUGUUUUCCACAGCUAUCAUAUAUUUUUAUAUUGUAUUUGUGUUUGUGUUUGCCUAAAAGAAAAAUCCACCUGGAAAAGCAACUACUUUUAAUUCUACUGAAAAUAAUUUUCUCUUUUUCUUUCGCAUACUUCUAAAGAUAAGUUUAAACACAUCAAGGAUAAAGUAUUGAUAUGUGUUUCUCAGUCCAUCCGGCUGUGUUGCAGUCACAGACAGGAUAAAGCACGGAUGUAGCUUCCAAGACGGAAAAAUGAAGCCAAUGCGGAAAUGCCUAAAAACUUGCAUUUUGUCUGAAGGCCACCAGAUGGUGAUGGCUGUGGCUCCAAAAAGACUUCUGAUCCUGUAGAACUCUAUGGGAAAAUGGCACACUGACCUCUGUAAACACCUCCUUGGUGAGUUUAUGGGCUCAGCCACUCAUUUUGGGUCAUACUGAAUAAAAAAAUUGAAUCUGUUUUAUAAACAUGGGUUAUACCAUGUUUAUAAAAUAGGAAAUUAUUUGUGGUAUGAAACCUCCAGCUCACGGGCUAACAAGUUGCCAAUCACAAGUUUUGCAGCCAUAUCUAUUGCCAUCUGAUGGCCUUCAGGUAGAAUAGAGGUUUAAGGCACUUCUGCAUUUUCCUGAGGUUCAUUGCACCAUUGAGGCAGUAAUUUAUAUUAGAGAUGAUCAAGGUUAUUAGCAAGAACAAUCUCUGAAAUGGGUUUUAAAAAUAGAGCUGUCAAUAAAUAUUCUAAAUUCAACUAUAAGAUCAAAUAAAAAGUGAAAAUUAACAUUUCAUUGUUAAAAAGGGGACAGAAUGCAAAGCUGGGUUCCAAUAUUUAAGUUUUCAGGCUCAAAUGCUGGGGGGUUAAUGGGCGCUAUGUCACCUGUAAUACUGUGUGGCAAGGUCAGUACAGCUGUGUGGAGUAGGUGCUGCUCUCCUGCUUUAGAUUUCAAAUACACUGCUGCUUAUUUGAAGAGAGAGUGGAGAAUGAUUUAGACUACCAUAAUUAACCAUAAUUAGUGAAUAUGAGUAUUAGUAUUAGAAUAUCAGCUGAACAACUGAAGGUAAAUUAUUUCAGAGCAUUUGUCUGUUUUUCUUUUUGAAAUAAGUUAUUGGGAUUUCAGGAGCAGGAGCACACCUUAUACAUUCCCCUUCCAGUUCCAUGACUGUAUAUGCUGUCCUGCACAUUUUUGUGCCCCCCACCACUCACGUGUACCUGGGGAUCUGCCUGACCCAGGAGCUGCUGCCACUCCUCACUGAUGCCCUCCCAAACUGUAGUCUAUCAAUCUAAUUGAGGAUGUGGUUCCUGCUAGUUCAUUUAUUUUUUUAAAUCCUCUUUCAUUCCUGUAGCUCUUUCAGCCUAUAUUUUGAUGUGAUUAAAGCUCCGUGCAUGGAGGAAAGGAUAAUUGUUUGAUGGACAGAGUUCAUUAGGGCGUUGAAUGUCCAUUCUUUACAACUUAUCAUAAUUAGUUUCUGAUUUUUCCAGCAUGGAGGUAUGUAAAUAUUUAAAAAGACAUGUUUAUGUUUAAGUCAUAGACUGGCCACCUUUCCAAACUCACUGUGCAACUCCUUCUCAGACAAUAGACCAGAAUAUAAUGCAGAUAGUAACUUUACUAGUCUAACCUUAUAUGUUAAAUUUAACUCCAACACUGAUGUGUCCUUAUAGCACAUGCAACCUACAGCUGAGUGCAGAAAGUUCAGGUACAUUUUCUGGAGGGAAAAAUUUGAAACAGCAAUCAACAGAAUGAUUUGGAUUUUUCAUUUAUCUUUAACUUCUGAUCUCUAACAUACAUAUUGCUUCACAGUGUAUUUAUGUAUGAAAAAAUAAGCUUAAAUCAUAAUACAUUUGUAAUAUCUUUCAUAGCAUUGCUUAUUUGGAGUAUUCAUUUUUUAUAGUGUGUUAAACCAGGUCUCCUCUUUUUACAGGAACGAAAUGUUGAAAUAUACAGUAUUUUAUUGUGUAGCGCUAUUUAGCUACAAAUAUACUAAAGUAUCAUUUGUUUUAAGAACACUUGCAAUGUGUUAAAUGGGGGAGGCUGCGGCUCAGGAGGUAAAGCAGGUCAUCUAAUAAUCUGGAGGGUUGGUGGUUCAAUCCCUGGCCACUCCAGUCUGCAUGCCAAAGUAUCCAUGGGCAAGAUACCGAACCUCGAGCCACUCCCAGUGCAUUCACCAGAGUGCGAUUGUGUGUGAAUGUUAGAUAGGAAGCUGGAAUGUGUGUGUAAAUGGGUGAAUGAGGCAUGUUGUAUAAAGCACUUUGAGUGCUCAUGUAGAUUAGAAAAAUAUUAUAUAAAAACCAGUCCAUUUACCAUUUAAAUUCUGUGCCUUGUGUUAUGGAUUCAAAAUAUAUUUGCUUUAAAACCUCAUAUACUGUAUGUACAUGUGCCAAAGAGACUAUAUAGUGUGCAAAUAACUAUGAAAUAACUCUUUUUAAUAUAAAGUUAUUCACAAAAAGCAACCACUGAAGAAAAGCUAAUUUCAUGUAUGUUUGGAAAUGACAAACCACAAAAUAGUAACAUUUGUAAGAAAACAGUGUAUUUACAAAAAAGAGGAAAACUCUUUACAUCUACAACAAAGGAAGCAUUACAUUAAACAGUGGACAAUGUCAUUUUACACAUAGAUUUUUUUACUAAGCCGGAUUCCUGCUCAUUAACUGAAUGGAAGUCAUCACAGACACUCGGCUCAGUUUCCCUUCACUCGAAUGGGGAGUAGUGGAAGCCAGUUCUCACACUAGCAUCAACAAGACCUUUUGGGGGCGUGUAGUGGGGCUAUCUAUACCAAACUCAGUCUUGCAGACAUGAUUACUUCAUCUGAAGGCGUGAGACAGAAAACUUCUAUCCCCUUUUUAUUGUACUUUUUAAGUACUCCUGGUUUCAACUUUUGAAGUUUUUAAAAAUUGCAUUAUAAUUUACAAAAAUAACAUAAAAUGUAAACAAGAAAUAACCUUAUCUGAAUGAUAGUACUCAAUACAGAAGUGAAUUAUGUACAGCAAGCAAUUGUAAAGUCUGCUGUGCCAUUUUUAACAUGUCUUCAGUUAAGCUUUGAACACCACCAUACGUUUCUGCUUAGCUGCCUCUGAGUUGUUCUGGUAAACAUUCUGUCAGACUGUGAAACAAUGCAGACAUUAUAUGUAUAUUUGACAUCAUAAUCUUGGACACUUCCGAUUUUAUUUAAACACAUGAACAAAUCUUUCUUUGGGUUUGGGUGGGAGAUGAGAAUGAAGAACUGCAAGUGGGAAGCUGUGACUGGAUUACAAGAAGCAAUUCACUUGGUCCUGUUUGUACAUCUUCUGGUUUUGUUGACACUACAUGAAAUAAAGCUCACAUUGU